AUAUAUAUAUAUAGCUUUCAAUGCUAUAUAGGUAAGGCAUGGUUAGGUUAAGUACCUAUUUAGACAUCAGAGCAUGGCAUAGUUUCUGUGUGUAAAUAUAUAACAAGCAAGAUAUUUAAGAUAUCUUUAUUUAUUAAAAAUUAGAAUUAAUCGAAAAUGAAUGAAGAAGAAGUAAAAUGCCCAGACGAAGAGGAGAGUGAAUUUUUUUUCGAAUCUGAUCACUUGGCAUUGAAGGGUAAUAAAGAUUAUAGCGCUUUCCUGAAAACAAUAGUUGUUCUUGAGGCACAAAGAAUUCAAGCUAUAAAAGAUUUGGAUGAACUUAAGUCCGCGCGAUCCAAAGCGAUAAAGGAUCCAAUAUUGUUUGUGGCACAGUUGCAAAAUGGAGAUCUUCCCGAGUUACCAGGUCCACAAAAUAUCGCAGAGAUUCCUUAUAUUGAUUGGUCACAAUAUAACAUCUCAUUGUCAGAUACACGUAUAAAACCACAAACUCGACAUGGACAUGUUUUACCGCAGAUGCAACUGAAAAAAGAACAAGAAAAUGGAAAGAUUCUAGUGAGAGGCCGUGUUUUUGAUGAAAGUAAACCUGAAACAUUUAAUCAAUUAUGGACAAUAGAAGAACAAAGACGGCUCGAGGAACUUUUAAUUGAAUAUCCACCAGAAGAAAUAGAAAUGAGACGUUGGACUAAGAUAGCAAAUGCAUUAGGAAAUCGUACACCUAAGCAAGUGUCUAGUAGAGUUCAAAAGUAUUUUAUAAAACUCUUGAGGGCAGGUUUACCCAUACCAGGAAGAGGACCUAAGAUAAAAUUGGAUGUUAAGAAAGGCUUAACACAUAAACAUCAGCGUAACAAUCAUCUCUUAUUUAAACGUUCAACAUUUUUUCCGCAUCAAGAUAUUUCCUUCAAUAUAGCAGAUGAAAAUAAAGAACAGUUUAUAACAGAGUCGGAGGAUGAUAUAUUAAAUGGAGGAAUUGAUGAUACUCCUGAAGCAAGGCAAAUAAAUUUAUUGCGUCAAGUGAAAGCUGAAAAGGAGCAAAAUUCUUCUUUUUUAUACAAGCAUAUUGGAUAUAAAUGUACAAUAUGUAGAGAAGAACCUUUAAAGGGUACCAGAUGGCAUUGUACAGAAUGUUAUAGUGGAAUUGAUUUAUGUGGCGAUUGUGCAGUAGCACAGUUGGAAGUCGAAAAUCCCACACAUGAUCCAUCCCAUAAAUUAGUUCCCAUAAAACCACCACAAUAUACUAGAAGUUAUGAUUUAGAUUAUUUUCCACAAAAUUUCAGUAAUUCUUCCUACAAUUAUCUCGAUCCAAACUUUCUUCCUGAAUAG